CCGACUCAGGUCUAGGCCGGCAUACUGUACACAUACCGUACUCUUUUUUUACUUCAAUGUAGCAGUCUCAUGCUGGCACCAGAAUGGCGUGAAGAGUGCCUUAUCACAUUGUUCACCGGCUCAAGGCCCCUUCUUUCCUUCAACAAGCCUCUCUCUCGAAGCCACAUUCCCCUUGAGCAGUAGCUCUGACUAUCCGCAACGCUCCUUUGUAUUUGUUGAUCGUCGCCCCAUAUAUAACAUUCUUCACGCAGUAUUUACCACCACCUCCGGACUUCCUAUUUUGCCACGAGGCACACAGCCACUCUCACCUUUGUCUGAUCGUCCCAAAACGGGACAUCAGAUCGAAUCAAACGACUCGCACACCCGGCCGCCUCGACCUGCUUCUUUCUCCUCGUACCAUCAACUCCUUGUACGCCUCCCUGAACCGGCUCCCUGGUUGUGCAGCAACACCGUCUGACAGUUGAUCCGUUACCAGUGUUUUUCACUUGACCUGCUGAUCAACUCCGCCAUCUACACUUCGUCCUACAUGUGGCCAAUACAAUAACCUUGGUCGUUUCCCGCUCUGUGCGCCUCUCUUCGUCCUCUCGUUCAGUCGCCCGGAUUUCGAAAGAAGUGUAAGAGAUUGGACCAAGUUGUACACGCGGAAGGCCGAGGCCAGGUACUUCUGUUGAAGUCCUGCGAUGCCUCUUCCCUCGGAUGGGCAAGACCCAGAACCAGAGUCGCCCAUACCGUUAAGACAAAGGCAGAGAGCACCGACGAUUAGCAUCGACGACUCUGCCGUCGACACCUAUGCCGAGGAACUUCCUAGUGCCUCCUCAGACAAGCCCGGUCCUCUGCCGCGAAUACAAACAAAAAACCUCGACAAUGCACCCGUCCUCGCAUCUCCCCUUUCCACCUCCCCUACCGAUGUCCGCGCGUCGACGGAUACACGAGAGUCCCGGCCUACAUCUCCGCACAAUGUAUCGUCACCGAGGACAAAUAUGUUCGACGGAGCGUCCACCCAGACCUUCUUGUCAGUGCCGGGUUUCAGGAAUAGGGCGGCCUCAAUGGAGUCGGAGGCAGUCUCGCCGACUUCAGAAUUUGGCGGAGAUACUCAGAUAGCAUCGAGUACAUCGGGGUUGGACGAUUUAAGGAAGAACUCGUUCAGUAACAAUGACGAGAUUAUAAACGACAAAGAUGCGCUCAAGCCAGAUCCGGGCCAGGAAGCUGAUUUCCAAGUGGACGACAACAGGUUUGCAUUCACACCAGGACAAUUGAACAAAAUCAUCAACCCCAAGAGUCUAGCAGCUUUCCAUGCUCUUGGUGGGCUUGCAGGCUUAGAAAAAGGGCUACGGACGAAUCGAAGAAGCGGUCUUAGUGCUGACGAAAUGGGCUUGGAUGGCUCGGUCAGCUUUGAAGAGGCUGUUCAAGCGGGACCCGAGCAGGAAGAACACUAUGGCUCUGUCAAACGGACUACCACAAGCCAUUCGAUGAGUGCUGCUGCGAAGACGACUGAGAAUUCUUUCUCCGACCGCAAGCGUAUAUUCAAAGACAACCGAUUACCGGAGAAGAAAGCCAAAACCUUCUGGCAACUUGCGUGGAUAGCGUACAACGACAAAGUCCUGAUCCUGCUUUCUGUUGCCGCUGUUAUAUCUCUGGCACUGGGCAUAUACCAAACCGUCAGACCGGCCCCAUCCGAAGAACACGAAGCUCGAGUUGAAUGGGUAGAGGGGGUGGCCAUCAUGGUUGCCAUCUUUGUUGUCACCUUUGUGGGAGCUCUCAACGACUACCAGAAAGAGCGUCAGUUCAUCAAACUCAAUCGUAAGAAGGAAGAGAGAAUGGUCAAGGUUGUUCGUUCCGGGAAGUCCCAGGAGAUCUCGGUCUAUGAUGUUCUGGUCGGGGAUGUGAUGCACCUUGAGCCAGGUGAUUUGAUCCCAGUUGAUGGCGUUUUCAUCGAGGGACAUAACGUGAAAUGCGACGAAUCUUCCGCCACUGGCGAGUCUGAUAUUAUUCGAAAAACACCGGCCGAUGAGGUAUAUCAUGCCAUUGAGAAUCACCAAAACCUGAAGAAGAUGGACCCGUUCAUUCUAUCUGGAGGCAAAGUUUCCGAAGGAGUGGGAACGUUUCUCGUCACAUCUGUUGGUGUCAAUUCGAGCUACGGCAAAACGUUGAUGUCUCUACAAGACGAGACCCAAUCUACACCUCUACAAUCGAAGCUAAACGUUUUGGCCGAGUACAUUGCCAAACUUGGUCUCGCCGCCGGUUUACUACUCUUCGUCGUUCUCUUCAUCAAGUUCCUAGUCGAACUCAAAAACAUGGACGGAGGCUCUCAAGCAAAGGGUCAGCGAUUCCUCCAAAUUUUCAUUGUCGCAGUGACAAUCAUUGUUGUUGCUGUGCCUGAGGGCUUACCCUUGGCUGUCACACUGGCACUUGCCUUUGCAACGACUCGAAUGCUCAAGGACAACAACUUGGUACGACUCUUGCGCGCCUGUGAAACGAUGGGCAAUGCCACCACAGUCUGUUCCGACAAGACUGGAACAUUGACCCAAAAUAAGAUGUCUAUGGUAGCCGGGACGCUUUCAACUGCUUCGAGAUUUGGCGAUAAACCACAACUAGUCCGUUCCACGGCAGAUGGAAACAAUGACAAAAUGUCGUCGACCGAGGCCAGUGCGGGUGACGUGUCGGCCGGUGAAUUUAUUGCAACUCUCGCAUCUGACACCAAAGAACUUCUCAAGGACUCAGUCGUCUUAAACUCAACAGCAUUCGAAGGAGAGGAAGCCGGCAAGAAAGCUUUUAUUGGGUCCAAGACCGAGACAGCUCUACUAUCUUUUGUUGCAGAACACCUUAGUGUUGAGUCUUUGAGCGAAGAAAGAUCCAACGCAGACGUUGUCCAGAUGGUGCCUUUCGACUCUGGCAGGAAAUGCAUGGCUGUUGUGGUCAGGCUGGCGAACGGGAAGUUCCGAAUGAUGGUGAAAGGAGCGUCAGAAAUCUUGAUCAGCAAAUGUUCGAGAAUCGUCAGCGACCCCACGAAAGGUAUCACCGAUGCUCCCAUUACUUCGGAUCAGAUCGAGACACUCAAUGGUAUUGUCAGCAACUAUGCCUCCAGGUCACUGCGCACAAUUGCUCUCUUAUUCCGAGAUUUCUCGGAAUGGCCACCGCGCGGUGCUGUCUUAAUCGACGAUAAGAAACAAGCGGAUUUCGACAAGGUCUUCAAGGAUAUGACAUUCUUCGGCGUGGUGGGCAUCCAGGAUCCAUUGAGGCCUGGCGUAGAGAAAGCCGUGCACGACUGUCAGGUGGCUGGUGUUUUUGUACGCAUGGUCACUGGUGACAACAUCAUGACUGCCAAGGCCAUAGCUACCGAGUGUGGUAUCUUCACGCCUGGUGGUAUCGCGAUGGAGGGGCCAGUCUUCAGAAAAUUGAGCACCAAACAGCUGACCCAAGUCAUUCCACGUUUGCAGGUGCUUGCACGUUCCAGCCCAGAGGACAAAAAGCUUCUUGUCGGCCAUUUGAAGAAGCUCGGCGAGACGGUUGCAGUCACUGGUGACGGCACCAACGACGCACCAGCACUCAAGACCGCAGAUGUGGGCUUCUCCAUGGGUAUCGCUGGUACCGAGGUCGCCAAGGAGGCAUCAUCCAUUAUCUUGAUGGACGACAACUUUGCAUCUAUUGUCAAGGCUAUUUCUUGGGGCAGAACGGUCAAUGAUGCCGUCAAGAAGUUUCUACAGUUUCAAGUCACGGUCAACAUCACCGCCGUCCUUCUCACGUUCGUCUCUGCUGUGGCCAAUGACGACGAAACUUCCGUCCUGACGGCUGUGCAACUGCUCUGGGUCAAUUUGAUCAUGGAUACGUUUGCCGCCCUUGCCUUGGCUACCGAUCCUCCUACGCACUCGAUUCUCAAACGCAGACCGGAGCCUAAAUCGGCCCCGUUGAUCACCAUUACGAUGUGGAAGAUGAUCAUCGGACAAUCAAUAUAUCAGCUUGUGGUUACGUUAAUCCUGUACUUCGCCGGCGAAAGUAUACUGUCAUAUCAGACCCAAGGUGAGAAGGAUCGACUUCAGAGUACGAUUUUCAACACCUUCGUCUGGAUGCAGAUCUUCAAUCAGUAUAACUCUCGUCGACUGGACAAUCAUUUCAACAUCUUCGAGGGAGUCUUGAAGAAUUGGUGGUUCAUGGGCAUCCAGGUCAUUAUCAUUGGCGGGCAAUGUCUGAUCAUGUUCGUUGGCGGGCAAGCAUUCUCCAUCAACCGCAUCAACGGCGCACAAUGGGGCUACUCAAUUGUGCUCGGAGCGCUGUCCAUGCCCAUUGCAGUCAUAAUUAGAUUGCUGCCCGACGAAAUCUUUGCCAAAAUGAUCCCCAGCAUUCGAUUUGGUAAGAAACAUGCUCCACAGUUUACUCUGGAGGAUGACGAAGAGCUUCGACACUGGAACCCUGCGUUGGAAGAGAUUCGAGAAGAGCUCACAUUCCUCAAGAAGCUCCGAGGAGGAAGGAUGUCCGAGUUGGCGUAUAAAUUGCAACAUCCUCGAGAUACCUUCAUGCCACGAUCGCGGAGUCCCUCUCGGUCGAGAUCCAAUAGUGACCUGCCUCAGACACCGGAGGGAGAAGUGGUACCACCGGAUCAAUCUUCCGCGUCGCCCUCAACACCCGAGAGAUACAGGAGACGAGCAAGAUCAAGUUCGAAUUCUGUAUUUGGACCUGCCGCAGCCAUGGCAGGAAUUGUUGCAGGCAGUGUGGCUGGAGGAUGGUCUCCAGUCGAACGCCGCAAUCUAGAACCCGAAACUAUCCAUUUCCAUCGAGCACGAUCUCAUUCCGGUGUAGAAGGGACUCCUGGUAUGGAAAUCCACCCGGCAACUUCACAAGAUGAUCCAGUCUUUGCCGAGAGCAUCCCAAAGAAUGGCAUCCCACCGAGUCAAAUCGCCAGUCUGGCGCCACAUUUCAGCCAUGCACCACCACACAGUCCCCCAACACGCUCGAAAAGCUCACACUCACGGUCGACGUCAUCGACAUCACAUGUGUGAAGACUAGAGCUUGAGAACAUUUCUCUGGUUUUACUAUUUGGAAAGAGUCUGCGCUGCGUUGGAAUGGCAAUAAGUUUCUACUCGUGCGUAUGUAUUGCCAUGCAGAGAGUAUGGCUGGAGAAGUCAUGACGCACAUGUGGCCAUAGGCCGUGAAAGCGGUUGCAACACGAGCGCCGCACUUCGUGUGACAAGGUACAAAUAUAAUCUGACGGUCAAAAAACUAGGCUUGUCGAAGGCAGAGCUGAGGACGACAGCAGUUCAUCAGAGACGCCUUAUUUCUGGUCGUGACUUACCAUCGUGAGGAAAGGGGUCUGGCACGGAUACGAGGUAAACGCCAGCCUUGCACCAAACACAUUUCGGGGGCGAGAUACGGAGUACAGUGUACAUGUCAAAACGGACAAAAAGCAUUGGGACGGGCCAGCUUCUUUGAACAUAGCAAUGAACAAUUAAUCAGAUGUGCAGAAGAUUGACUGCGCAAAAAGGAGCACGAGUACGUUCAUCAUUAGUAGGUGCCUGGACUUAGGUGGUAAGAGUAUCCUGCGUAGUCAUACUCCGUAAUUGGUACUUGGGUUGCUCCAGGGACAUUCCAUGCUGAGUCAAGGUACCUGUGGUCUGCGCGAG